CUGUGUCCUUAUAAUCUCCCAGCAAGCUAGCUAACGGUAUGCAUAGUUGUUUAGGGCUACUUAAAGGAGCUCUAUUCGAGAGCGUGAGUACGCAGUCCGGUAAAAUCGGGAGAAAAGAUCUCCGUGCAGUGUUUGGUCACCACUUCAGCUUGAACAACCAGCCGAACGGAGAAUGGACAGCUAUCAGGCUAGCUAGCUAGCUAGGUGAAAUUCAAAUAGGACAUGUGCUAGCUAUACAUUUUAACUUUUUAUGGAUUUAUUCCGAAAAUUUGCAGUGUAUUUGCUUCUCCUCGAGCUUUGUCAUCAUCCCAGUGAAUGUAUUUAGAAACCACAAGCUAAGUUCGUGUGGGACGACAGUUUCCUGUUUUCGCCAGUGUCCAGGUUGAUUCGACCGUAACUUCUGGAUUGUGAACACGCGAGGCGAAGAUGCAGACUUUUUUGAAAGGCAGAAGAGUGGGUUACUGGCUCAGCGAGAAGAAGACGAAGAAGCUGAAUUUUCAGGCCUUUGCUGAUUUAUGCAGGAAAAGAGGAAUAGAAGUAGUCCAGCUGGACCUGAGCCAGCCCCUGGAAGAGCAGGGUCCCCUGGACGUCAUCAUCCACAAACUGACUGACCUGAUCCUGGAGGCUGACCAGAACGACACACAGUCAGUCCUGCUGGUGCAGAGAGUGCAGGACUACAUUGAUGUCCACCCUGAGACCAUCGUGCUGGACCCCCUCCCAGCAAUCAGAACCCUGCUGGACCGCUGCAAGUCCUACCAGCUCAUCCACAGGAUAGAGGACUGUAUGCAAGAUAAGAGGAUCUGCUCUCCCCCGUUCAUGGUUCUGAACACUGAGUGUGGUCCAGACACGCUGGAGCAGAUUGAGAAGCAUGGACUCACAUUCCCCUUUAUUUGCAAAACACGAGUAGCCCAUGGAACCAACUCCCACGAGAUGGCCAUCAUUUUUAGUGAGGAGGACCUGAAGGGUGUGAAGCCUCCAUGUGUGAUCCAGAGCUUCAUUAACCACAACGCGGUGCUCUACAAGGUGUUUGUUGUGGGGGAGUCCUACACGCUGGUGGAGAGACCCUCCCUGAAGAACUUCCCCGCUGGACCAGCAGACAGAAAAGCAAUUUUCUUCAACAGCCACAACGUAUCAAAGCCAGAGUCCUCUUCAGACCUGACAUCUAGGGACAACGUGGAGGGGGUCUCCCAGCCACCCAGUGAUGAUGUCAUCAGAGAGUUGUCCAGGUCCUUGCGACAGGAGUUGGGCGUGUCCUUGUUUGGCAUUGACGUCAUCAUCAACAACCUUACGGGCCAACACGCCGUCAUCGACAUCAAUUCAUUCCCUGGUUACGAGGGUGUCCCAGAGUUCUUCAACGACCUCCUGACCCACAUCACCAGUGUGCUCCAAGCUAACUCCGCUGACAGCCCCCCAACCAGCGGGCAGCCCAAAGGUCUGGAAUUCAGCGCUAUGGUAUCCACAGCCCCCAGCCUAACCCCAACCCCUGGCUCCCCAGGCUGCUGCAGCAUGCUGGGGAAGGAGGCCAGCAGCAGUCCCUGGAUCGUGGAGGGGGAUGGGAACCUGAAGGGCGCCCGCCAGAGACUGGGCUGUAACUCAGCCAUGUCCCCCAACUUCCAGCAACACUGUGUUUCCACAAUAGCCACCAAGGCUUCCUCCCAAUGACUGCCCUCCUCUUCCACCUUAGCCCCCACCCUGUUCUAACCUCGAACAAAAACAGAUGAGGAUUAUAAUGGUGACAAUAAUUAAUAAUGGUCAUAAUUAUGACAUUAAUUAUAAUAUAUCUAUAAUCAAAACCCAACUUUUUUCUAUGUAGAUAUUGAUGAUGGUGAUUGGUUGUAGAUGUUUUUCUCUGCCUUUAGAUGUUUUGUUUAAUAAGACUUACAGUACUGUAAUGUGAACUUUUGGGAUCUCUGCUUAAUUGCUGAUUUUAAUCAAGUGGUCCACAUGAGAUGGUUAGUGGAAUGACCUUGUCUGAACUUUUGUCUACAGCAGUGAAGGAAAAAGGCAAUUUAACAUCCUGUGCUCCAUACGCACUCACUUUUCCAGCAUCGAAAUUCACCAGUGAUGUCUUUAUUUUGAUGUUUACCACUCUGUCAUAUAGUGGAGAAGGGAUAAAAAGUUUGUUUUAUUGUCACAUACACUGGAUAGGUGCGGUGAAAUGUGUUGUCUGGGUACUAUAACACUCAUCCACAGGUUUGGAGCAGCUGGCACGCAGAUCAACUGACUUAAAGAACCCACUCUAUCAUUUCCAAAAUCACAAGCAAGUCAUUGGGGUCUUGGUUGACAUUAGAUAAGAUGAAAUUGAACGCUGGUUGCUUUGUGUGCCAUUUAAUUAACAAUGUGCUUUCUCUCUAGUGCAAGGCUCUUGUCAUGUGAAUUUCAUAGUCUUCACAACAGCAGAAACAAAAUAGAUAUUAAUAUCAAGAUGCAGUACAUGUAGCACGAAAGGCUGAAAAUACCUGCAUAAACCUUUUAAUCACACCUCAUAUAAAUGUUUGUCAGCUGAAAAAUAAAUAUUUGAUCGUGUGACCAAGUUUAAUGUGGAAUAAUGUUUAUAAAAGCCUUUGAGUGUUUGUCAGAUGUGGCUGAGGUUUAUACAGGUGUUUUAUGUGACUACAAACCAGUCCAUUUCCUUGCCUCUCAUAACUUGAGUUGCGUUGCUCCAGCACUGCUGGAAGAUGAGGAUCACAUUCCUUUUUGUAUGUGGGUGUUUUCAAAAAGUAUUCCAGCAUUCUUUAGUGAAAAAUGACUUUUAUGGAAUUGAAAUGAAUCGGCAUGCUGAACUCUAGUUCCCUCUCCCUCCAUUACUACUCAUUCAAAACUCAAUUCAACCUCUGGGCCUCUAAUACAGUUUUCAAUUGGUAUUGUGUACAGAAAACGAACUCUUACUCCACAAAUUUCUAAUUGAAUGAUAUAGUAUAUAUAUAUUUAGCCAACUAAAUCAACACACAUUAUUUUUGUGACCAUGAAAUGAAUGUCUUGAUUACAAUGCUAAGGAUUCUUUAUACUCUGUCUUAUUGACAAGACAUAAUUUUAAGCAGACUGCUGGUACCUACUAAGCAGUGAAACACCAUCUAGUCAGCGCGGUGCACUCUUAUAUAGCCGGUAACGACAGUCUCCAAACUCCCUGUAAGCAUCAGCUGCUGUUAUUCUGAGGUGUCACAAUAUGUUUAAAAAAUAUAUAAAAAAUAUUAAAAAAUUAAUUUUCUCCCAAUGUUCAUGGUGAGAUCCUUAUUUAAAAACUUAUAUUUUGGUCAUGGGGGAGUAUUUUUAUAUAGUGGAGAAGAGCGAGUGACGAUUCGAACAACAAAGGGAUUUUUUUUGUCAGAUGAGUAGUGAGAUGGUGGUUUGGCAAAUUAAAUUAUCUUCAAGACCAAGCUUACAGUUGUCACUGUCUUCACCCUUAGCAUCCAGUUGAAGUGCAUGGAAAAGAGUGCAGGGCUGCCAACUCUAUGUAAAAAGAAUAGGGUGUUUUAAGCACUGCUUCAUCUCAGGCUCUUAAUUCUGGAGGAACAAGCAUCAGCAUAUAGAAUAAGUAGGCUGGCACACUGAAUUGACAAGCUUUAUCAGAGGUUACUUAGCCCCAAUGGCCAGGUGACAGUGACUGACCAUCUAGUGUAGUCAUUCAACCUGCUGCCCUCCAGAACAAGAGUUGAGUAGCAGUGGUCCUAAAGCCUUCCCUAUUGAAGGACACAUCCUCAACUCUUUGUGGGUGAAGUGAUCAAGGAGAGAAUGUCUUAACCAAGCCAUGCCCAGUAUGUUGUGGAAACACUGCCAUCUCUACAUCUCUAUACUGUGUGUUCUGCAUCUAAAUGGGAAAUAAAAAAUGACCCCUACUUACUACCUUGAUCAUUUCUCCCACCCUGAGUCAUUGUGCUCUCCACUUCCACCUGAAUGUUUACUUGGAAAUGUUAUAUAUAAAUAAUACACAUGCAUAAUUUUUUUUUUUUAAGUCCUCUAAAGAAAAAACAUUAAUACACAAUGUGACUUUAUUAUAUGCCUAAACCAACAGGGCAAAAAAGAAAUCUGAAAAAUAACUUAAGUCAAGUAAUUUCUAAAAAACCUUGUGAGAUAAAUUGCUAUUACUGUUCUAAUGCUUAAGUCCAGAAUAACAGAUCAUGUAUAUUCUUGGGAAAAGUAAUUAAAUUCAUUCCCCCA